CGAAGAUGACGAGAGAGAUCAUGAGAGUGACGCAAAUCGUGAGAGAGAUCGUAAUGAGAGGAGUCGUAAUAAUCGGCAUAAUUGUAAGAGGAGUGAAGAUAAUCGUCAGAGUGAUGAAGAAGACAAGA